AUGGGAUAUUUAAAGGGCCAGUACCGGGUUGUAACAAAUUUGGAGAAAGAGAGACAUGAUGAAGGGAAGAAUCACAGCUGGUCCAGCCGUCCAGGAGCUGUGCAGGGCGGGGGCGGCCGCGCGGGUGCUGGGCGGGAUCGUGGGCACUGGCGAUCUAGCAGCCUUGUGCCACACUGCGAGGGGGCAGGGCAGCCUCCUUGGAGCCCGCUACGUCGAUCGUGCAGGGAGGCGGCUGCGCGGUGGAGUGGCGCGAAGUUGGCGGCCGGAGAAGAAGGUGUUGGCGCGAUGGUGACGGAAGGCAGCGAGGCUCCUGCGCGAUUGGGCUAG